GAUACAGGUCCGCAGAAUGCGGGCUAGCUAAGUGCCAGCUCUUACUUUCAUGCAUGCCGAGUCCAGGAAGAGACUCAUUCCCCAGGGACUGAGGCACCUGUCAUCUAUACUGUACUUUGUUCCAAGUGUCCACAAAAUAUGAAGGGCCACCCUUCUCUGCUGCUGCUCUGUAUGGGAUUGACAACCUGCCUGGAUAACUCACCCAGUGGAAAGCAAGACCAAAGACCAGACUUCUUCUUGGGUUCCACAGAGGCCCAGAGUUUCCUGGGCAGCCACAGGCGGAUUCCAAGAGCCAAUCACUGGGACUUUGAGCUGUUCACACCAGCGAACCUAGAGCGGGAGUGUAAUGAGGAAAAGUGUUCCUGGGAAGAGGCCAGGGAGUACUUUGAGGACAAUACUCUGACGGACCGCUUUUGGGAGAGUUACAUCUACAAUGGCAAAGGAGGACAUGGACGAGUGGACAUAGCAGGCCUGGCGGUGGGGCUGACCUCUGGCAUCCUGAUAAUUGUCUUGGCUGGCCUGGGAGUCUUUUGGUAUCUGCAUUACCGACGGAGCCAGGGCAGGGGCCAAAGUCAGCAAUCUUCUUCCCAAGAGGCCGGACUCAUCAGCCCUCUGAGCCCUCCAACGCCCCUACCUGCACCUCCACUCCUACCCCCAGGCCUCCCCACCUACGAGCAGGCGCUAGCAGCCUCUGGUGUGCACGACGCACCUCCACCCCCUUACUCAAGCCUCCGGAGGCCUCUCUGAAGAUCUGCUACAGAGUCCCGGCUGCCCGAGUUGUGCCCCUGAUUCACACCGGAUUCCGGAAGUCCCCAGGCCUCUUAGAUUCUGGAGUUGAGCUUGGGGGUUGGAGGGAUUAGGGGUCGUUCGACCCGAGGCCUAUCCCGUCACACGUGUUUCCGCCGCUUACGGAUACACGCACGUCCCCGGCCGACGUGUUGCGGAGUCAAGGACUUUGCCCCUUGCGUGCCCCAAGGCUCUCCCGACUUGGGGCAGUCGACCAGUCCCGCCCUCGGUGUAGGCAAGCGCGCGUGGAAACUCAGACCCAGUCCGACAGGCCGGGUGUGUGGUCUUGCGUGUGUAUCAACCUCCUUCGGAUGCCACAGGGCACGCACACGCGGAGAGCCCCGCCCGUACACCCUCGAGUCUUAGGGUAGACUCGGUGCGCGCACAGGGACGCCUCGUAAUCCAGAGAAAGGGUAGGGGGUUAUAUUUGCAAGUGUGGUCGGCGGGGACAGGCUCGUGUUGUAUCGGGAAACCGGACUUGAACUGUUCCCCUGGAUAAAAACCCUUUGGAAAGGAAAUUUUAAAAGGAUGAAACAAUAAAAAAUAAAAAUCUCAUGAACUGAACGGCGUUCCCGGGCGCAUCUGCGCGCGGUGGAG